ACUUUGAUGUGGUUUGUUUCAAAUUCCUUUUCUUUUGGAUGCGGAUGAUAAUAUGGCUAACAUGUAAAAUUUGAAAUGGUAAGUACAGACUCUUAAAAAUGGUUGAUAAAAGUUCUUUAAUCAAGAGCUAAUGAUAAACAGAUGUUUUCAUUCAACAUUCUUCCGAAACCAGAAGAGGUAAUGCCAUUUACAAUGUACUUAAAAAGGCGGCGAUACGUUGCUACAAAAAAAAAACUUUUGAAUUUUGAUGUCACAAACAAAACACAAUAUUCGCGUAAAGUUAAUUCACUCAAUCAGGUCACGGGAAUUUGUUAGUUGAUGACCCGUUUACUUAAUUCAAAACAGGCUCUCAAAACAUCUCUCAUCCUAAGGGGUAGCGAAAAUGAUUUCUGACUGAAAUUCCUUCGUGGGAAAUGUACAUUUACUCAAUCAGGACUGAAUUUUCAAUCGUCACUUUAUCUCUGUUACUAGCAAAUUGUACUUUGGCUCGUUUAUGAUUGCGUUUGUUCUAAAAUUUGCGAUGAAAUCGAUGAUUCCACUCUCUUAAUCAAGUUUUAUGUACAUUCAAAUAAACUACUUCGGUUAUCAAAGCCGAACAAUUCUAAACGAACUAGUGCUUUCUCUUGAAUAGCGAUUCAUCCUUGUUUGUUUUGUUACUACAGGUUUUUCAAGUAGAAAUAUUUGAAACACAUAAAUUUAGGUAGGAGAAUACAAUUAGCUUUAAUUUUCAAGAGGAAUCGAAGCGUUCAUAACCUUGGUGGGUUAAGAGUACUUUAGAAUUGAAAAUUUCCUUGAAGAGAGUGUGUAUGAGAUGUAUACAGAAGAACGUAAAAUAAACUAUUUAGAACUCGAUAACAGUUUUCUUUCAUCAAAACGUCUUAUGCAAAAUCGUACUAGACUGCAUGGAGUGUUGAGCCAUACAAAUAUUUGCAUACGUGAUAUUUUGAGAAACCCAACAGAGACUUUUGCUUCAGGCAGCGUAAUAUUGGUUUGUGAGGGAGAGGCAAGGGAAAGUGGUGAUCCUUGAUUCAUCACCUUACAAUAGAAAAUUUUCCAGAAUUUUAGUGAACUUUGAAGACACUAAUAUAAUACAGUGUUUGGUUCAAUUUGAUAACGUAAUAAUAACACAGCGUUCGUUAUUUGAUGGUUCAUUUACUUUGUAAAUUUUAAUCUCUCAUCCAAGCAGCACGGAUUAUUCAUAUCUGGUCAUGUCUGAAUUCCCACCGUGGGAAAGAAAUAGAUUUUUUCCUAAAGGACUGGUAUUGCAGUCGUCACUUCAUCAUUCGUAUUACUCGAUAUUCAAUUGGGUUUGUUUCCUAUCACAUUUCUUACAAUAUUUGCAAUCAGUAGCAGUAAACAUCCUAAGGGAACUAUUCAGUACAGUUAUCAAAGCAGAACAACUAUUUGAACUAUUUUAGGAAAAAAACAUGCGUUUUUCCUGAAAUAUAAGCUAAUACAUCUGUCGGCCGCUUCGAUGGUGAAUAUUACAUGUAACUGUUCUUGUCACGACAAGUUUCCAAACCGAAAUGUCUGAAAAAACACUCUUUUAUGUAUAUUAGACAAUAAUAAACCCAGUUUCGAUUUUAUGGAAUUGAAACAAAGCGAUAAGUUAAGAAUACUUCGAUAUUCAAUUGCUACCGUUGAUACAAGGGAUCCUUCAGGUUUGUUAGGAUGACUAAAGAGGACUUACAAGGAAUAAGCUUUUUAUAAUAUUGUAUUGUAUUAUCAAGUUAGAGCCGAAAGAACACGUUUUGUCAAUCGGAUGGUAAACUUCACUAAAAAUUUACAUACAUUUUAAGAUCAAAUAAACAGAGAAUACAAAGGUCGAAGAAAACGUGGAAUAACUGAUAGGAAGAUUAUGACGGGCAGCGGGAAACGGAGAGUAAACACAAGAAUGACUGGGUUGGAUUAAAAAACAAAAAUGGAAUAGAAUGAGGAGAGAAUUGAGAAAAGAGAAAUGGGUUUCCAGAGCUUUAAUACAUGAGUGCAACUUGAAACUACCUCAUUCACAGUAAGAUCAUCAUUUAUUUUCCGUUCCGUGUUCCACAUCUAGGAGUUUGGUAUCACUCGUCGGAUUUACAAUAAACUCUUACAGAUAGAAGGAAAUAAAGAAUUGAAAAAAAAAAAAAAAAAAAGAAGGAAAAAGAUAAAAGAACAGAUCCUGUUAAUUUUAUGUUUGGUCUACUCUUUGAGAAUAAUAGGCUGAUUAAUUCAUCAUCUAUUUGUGAUCACGCAAUGCAAGCGUUCGUAAUCACGACUUCUCUAAAUAACUCAACAACCAUCGUAAUUCGACAUUUUCCUAGAGGUGUUCUCCAAAGUGCAUAGAGCGAGUCAUAAGUUACAUUCAACUGUACUUGACUUUGUGUGUUUCCAGUUCCUUAUUUUAUAUUCACCUUUUCAAAUUUGCAACCUCAACAACCUCGCUCUCGUUACGCGUGACUUGUUUGCCUCGCUAGUUUUGCUACCCUUCAGAUGACUCAAUUUUCUAUUGCAGCAAUGGAUUGCGUUUUUAUUGACGAAAGUCGAGAGUCAACACAUAUGGUUGUUUAUAUCAAAAACACUUGAUUCUGGUACCUUUUCCGACGGUCAGUCAACAUUCUUCCGAAACCGGAAGAGGUAAUUCUAUUAACAAAGUACUUUGAAAGGCGGUGAUACGUUGCCACAAAAAAAAAAAAAAAACUUUUGAAUUUGAUGUCACAAACAAAACGCAGUAUUCGCGUAAAGUUUAUUUCCCUAAUCAGUUGACGGGAAUUUGUUAGAUGAUGACUCGUUUACUUAAUUAAAAACAGGUAAUCUCUCAUCUUAACGAGUGGCGCAAAUUAUUUUUGAAUGAAAUCCUUCGUGGGAAAUGUACAUUUACUUACUCAGGACUGACUUUUCAAUCGUUAUUUUAUCUCUGUUACAAUCGAAUCUUACUUUGGCUUGUUGAUCAUUGCAUUUGUCCUAAAAUUUGCGGUGAAAUCGAUGAUUCCACUUUCUUAAUCAAGCUAUAUGAUUAUCCAAAUAAACUACUUGAGUUAUUAAAGCCGAGCAAUUCAAAACGAGGUCAGAACUACAACUUUCUCUUGAAUAGAGAUUCAUCCUGAAUUGUUUCUUUACAACGAGUCUUUUAAGCAGAAACUGAAUAUUUGAAAUACAUUAACUUAGGUAUGAGAAUGCAGUUAGCUUUAAUUUUUCAAGUGGAAUCGAAGCUGUCAUAACAGUGGCGAGUUAAGAGUACUUUAGAAUUGAGAAUCCCCUCUAAGAAGAUAUGUUUGAGAUGUAUACAGCUGACCAUAAAAUAAACCAUUUGGAAUACCUGAUAACUGUUUUCCUUUAUCAAAAAGUUAGAUGCAAAAUCAAACUAGACUGGAGUGAUCCAUACACAUAUUUGCAUACGUGAUAUUUUGAGAAACCUAAUCGAGAUUUGUGCCUCAGGCAGUGUAAUCUUGGUUUGUGUCGGAGGGCGAGGGAAAGUGGUGAUCCUUAAUUCACCACCUUACAAGAGAGUAUUUGCCAAAAUUUUAGUGAACUUUGAAAAAACUAAUAAAAUACAGUGUUUGGUUUAAUUUGAUAACGUAAUCAUAACACAGCGUUCGUUAUUUGACGGCUCAUUUACUUUGUAAAUUUUAAUCUCUCAUCCAAGCAGCACAGAUUAUUCAUGUCUAGUCAUGUCUGAAUUCCUAUCGUAGGAACGAAAUAUAUUUUUUCUAAAGGACUGGUGUUGUAGUCGUCACUUUACCGUUCGUAUUACUCGAUAUGUUUCCUAUCACAUUUCUUAUAAUAUUUGCGAUCAGCAGUAGUAAACAUCUCAAUGGAACUACUCAGUACAGUUAUCAGAGCAGAACAGCUAUUUGAACUAUAUAUCUGUCGCCCGCUUCGAUGCCGAAGAUUACAUGCAACUGUUCUUGUCACGACAAGUUUCCAAACUGAAAUAUCUGAAAAAACUUAGUUUUGUUUAUUAGACAUUGAUAAUAAUAAAUCUAGUUUCGAUUUUAUCAAAUGGAAACAAAGCGACUGGUUAAGAGUACUUUAAUAUCGUUAUUACCGUUGAUACAAGGGAUCCUUCAGAUUUGUUAGGGCCGACCAAAGAGGAAUUAUAAGGAAUAAGCUAUUUAUAAUGUCAUAUCAGUGUGUUAUCAAGUUAGAGCCGAAAGAACACAUUUUGUCGAUCGGAUGGUAAACUUAACUCAAAUUUACAUACACUGUACGUCAGUGAGUUGUAUAUUUAAGAUUAAGAUAAAAUUUCAUGUUUAGUCUACUCUAAAGAAUAAUAGGUUGACUAACUCAUCAUCACCAAUUGUGGUCACGCAAUGCAAGCGUUCGUCAUAGUCACCACUUUUCUAGAUGUUUCAACGAUCAUCGCAGUAAGACAUUUUCCUAUAAGUGUUCUCCAUAGUGCACAGAGAAAGUCGUGUUGAGAAAGUUGUAUUCAGCUGUACUUGACUUUGUAGGUUUCCAGUUCCUUAUUUUAUAUUCACCUUUUCAAAUUUGCAACCUCAACAACCUCGCUCUCGUUACGCGUGAGUUGUUCGCCUCGCUAGUUUUGCUUCCCUUCAGAUGACUCAAUUUUCUAUCGCAGCAAUGGAUUGCGUUUUUAUUGACGAAAGUCGAAAGUCGAAAGUCAACACUUAUGGUUGUUUAUAUAAAAAACACUUGAUUCUGGUACCUUUUCCGACGGUCAUCUCCGUUGAGUAUACAUGUGUCCCUGCCUUGGAACAAGGCUGAAUGGCUUUCCCUCUCUUAAUUUUAUCGAAAAGUAAUAUUCUGGCUUUUAAUGUCAUACCAAGGGUGACGUAAGGCACUAGUCAUGAAAGUAAACAAGGGCCCGGACACACUAGGCAAAUUUUUGUUUAUUUUGCAAAAAAUCUGUCACCAGUUGCUUGAGACAAGCGCGCCCGGUGACUUUUAGUUAUACCAAAGUUUAUCAAGACUUACCAAAUUUCAGAGACGCCGUCGUCCUGCCUCGGAGCAGUGCAAAUUUUUGUCAGGCGUAAAAUCUGACAGAUUUGUUAGUUAACACGCCAUGAUUUGAAGGAAAAUGUCAAUCAAGAAAAUUUGAUCUAGAGAGUGUUUUCGUUGUUAGAGUUGUUUUCCGGCUGUUGUAUUGUUGUUGCGGUGUUGAAAGAAGGCCUACUUCAAACGCCGGCCAUUACUUCGCUCGCAAAUUUUCAAAGUAGCCAAAUGUUAAGACGUCCAAGGCUCACAUUUGAUUAGCUUUCUGUGAAUUUCUUUGUUUAUUGAGCAAUCAGAAUGUCUGGUUGUUACUAUCUUUGCACUGAAUUAACGCUCUUCCUCGUUGAAUUAUUUGAAAACUGCAUUUAUCUUAACCAAUCAGAACUGAGUAAUUUUUUCACGUAUAUUAUUAUAAAAGAACCAAAAAAAACUUGUUACUCGAGAAGUGAGAGAAGCACUCGCCUGCGGCUCGUGCUUCUCCUCACCUCUCUCGUGUCCUUAAAAAUUUGAUCUAUAGUUUUAGUCGAAGUACCCGCCAGAAUUAUUUCUUCGUUGCGCCGUAAUCAAACGGUGGAGAUGGAAGAUUCGUACCUCAAUAUGCUGCAUAACGAUCCUCAACCAGAAUACAACUAUUGUUCCCGCUACCAAAAUAUCCACCAAAACCAAAGUAGGAACAAUUCUUGACUGUAUUUGUUUCCAAAUAAGCUUUACAAUCUUAUGCAGACGACCAUCCAAAAAUUGUACGAGCGAAAAAAAGAGACAAAACCCAUGUGCUCACAUCCGGGUUUUUUACACUUAAGAGAGGUUGUCAGUAAUUUUCGAGAAUCCGGCGACAGAAGCAAAAAUUCAACUUUUUUUUAAUUUUCUCAAAAAGACCCUUUUGGUGAAUCGUUUCAAAACAAUAUUCAAAAGUUCCAGCGAGUUUUUAUUUUGGAAAAAAAUAUGAAAGUUCGAAAUCGGCCAAAACGUACCUAUUUGCAUAAUUUCUAUUGGGCUUUUAGUGCAUUUUCACAACGCUCGUACAAGACAGCGAAAAAUUAUCUUGGAUUCAUUUUUUCAUAAGUUGUUUUUCAUCCCUCGGAGUAGCUUUGCAACUAUAUUUCAUCUCUAACUGAACUUUCUUUCGUUUGUAACCACCCGCGUAAAGUACACUAUGUUUCCUAUUCCGUUUGUACGCUGAAUUUUGCUAUAUUUCAGACGACCAUAACAUCGGGGGUAUACGAAUGUACAUAAAAUAAAAGAGCUCUUUUCAACGAGAAAUUCUUCAUGUUUAUCAUGUAAAAAUAUUAUUUUUGGCCCGUGAAAAGCGAGUGCGCCAGACCAAAAUAUAUAGCUUGCAGUUUCACGGAGUUAGGCCAUUUUCCUUGCUGUACUCCUACUGCAAAUCGCACGCUAUUGGGACAAAACUCGACGUGUUUGGUCUCUACUUCAGUUUUGAUUCAUUUAAAUAUAUCGAUUUUAACUUAAAAAUUAACCUACCUUUAUUGUUAAGUGAACAAACCACCGUUUUAGGUAAAGUUUUUGAGUUGACUUUUCUCGAGUGCUAAAUAAACAAAUCGCUGUUUACAAAGAUACCAGCUCUGUCGACGUGUUUUUAGCUGAAAAAUCGAUGGGAAAAUCGUAGCGUUUCUUUCUCCUGUCUUUUAUUAUUUUGGAGAUUUGCUAAAAUCAGGAAAUAGGGCACUUGUACAAAACCAAAACAUUCAUUAGUCUACAAUUUGAUUGUUUGUUGAUCAUUAUCGCACAGUUCACAAUAAGGAAACUGUAACAGGAGAGGAGAUUUUAAAUUCACAUGCCGCGUGCUUGUUGACGUACAAGUUCCCGAGUGUAACAAUUUCGGCUUUUCGGGAAACUCUGCUUCUCUUAUUUAAUAGGAAAUAUCAAUAGCCCCAUAAAAUUCAUUAACUGCGCCAUGUUUCCAGAAAAUAGGACUGGAAAAUGGUUUUUCCACUUUCCACCAUCAAGAAAUUCCACGUAGAAAUAGUAUUUGUAGCGUGACUGCGUGACCUUUCAUGAGAAGUAAAAAUUGUUUUUCUUUUUUUUAAGAAGACACGUCCAGAAAGUUCUUUAUCCUUCUGUCAUCUUAUUUGCCUGUUUUUUGACUGCAAAUAUCAUCUGCAUUUGCCAUUAUUUUCGCUGAUUGUCAUGGCCUUUCCUGCGUGCACGUGCGAGCAAGUUCAUAUACAGCACUCUUUCGAGUUUCUUUGCGUGGUGUCGGGCAUAAGUGUGUAGGUCUGGCUCAAAAGAUAUCUGCGCGCUGCAACACGGGUUUCUAUGUUUUCUCCUUUUUCUUUAUUUUUAUUUUUAUUCUUCUCCUUGCAUUAUCACACAUGUAUGUUUUUUUUUAUUCCCUCGGCGCGUUCCCUCAGAUUUGGAAGUAGGCUAUGAAAAGUCAAUAUUGACCAGAACUGAAACCUUUUCUAUCACUAUUUGUUUCAAAGAACCCCUGUUAUUUAUAACUUUAUUUCUCAAGAGAAUAUUUUUAUUUGCCAUUUACUUCCAUUAGUACAUGAAACUAGGUCCCGAUAAGUUUUUUUGUUUCGUGACUCCCAAAAGCUGUUUGCGACAACAUCAGUUGAGAAAUCAAAAGCAAUUACACCCUGGCUUCAAUAGUAAAGAGACAACUUAUUUACUAUUUGUAUAUGAGCAAGCUUAUUCACCCUACUUGUAAAACUCCUUGAUGAAGUCUACUAUUGUCAGACGAAAUGCAUGGGAAAUAAAUACAAGUUUUUACUUUCUCAGUUCGUGCAGGGAGUUCGACAGAAAAAUUAAGCUCACCCUGUCAUAAUCUAUGAUUUGAUACCGUAAGUACCAAUUUAGGUACAUCAUUGGGCUUUGAUCACAAUAAUGAAAAAAAUGUGCGUUUCCCCACGCUCGCCACAUCUAUUAUUUGGAAAAUUAUUUUACUGGAGGGCGAUGUCACUUAGCUUGAUGCGUCUUGACUCUGGCCGACGAAAAUUAUCGAGGUGAACCCCAUGAAAUUCUUGUCAAAUGUUUUAUAAACUUUGUCUGCCCUUGAUUUGCACGCAAUAAAAGGCAAAUUCCGAACGAUAUUUCAAAAUAUUUUAUUCACUGGUCAAUUUAUGACCUGUUUUAUAAUAUUUCAUUUUUCCCAGUAAAUUUAAGAGAGGGUCAGCCAAAGAUAGACAUCUCUGAAAAGUCUCUGAAACUCUUAAAGAAUUUACACUGCCGAUAAUAUUUUCCUCCUUCUCGCAACAGCGCAACAGACAUUGUCAAUCCUUUGUAGUGUAGGUGUAUCAGUUGUAUUACGUCUUCAUAGUGAUGCCGUAUAAGAAAUCGAGUGUCUAAAAAGCUCUCAAUUCUCGCGCUGGCCAGGGACGGCAACAGCUCACACCUCUAAACUCGUGGGUGUACAGCAUUAAAAAAAAAAAAAAAACAUUUGAGAGACGUCAAUGUAUCCCAAACAUGCGUUUCGUCCGAGAAGAAGCUUAUUCUAGCGCGUAUUGGCUUAUUUGGAGAUAACGAAGGCCGCGAUUUCACGAUAUGCCUCAAAUAUCGUGCACAACUUGGUAUGAGAUUCAGACCUUCGGGUUUGUAAAAGCCAGUAUCCUCGUCAUAAAAAUCGGACACGUAAAGUUGAGAGAGGUGAAUCUGAAGAUGGCAGAAGAAAUCAAAGCUGGUGGCGAGUCUUCCUGGUGGCAAGGUGACUGUAAACCUAAUAGAACGCGUACUGUAACUGCUAUCUUAGAGUCAGCAAUGAAUAGGGAAGAAGGGCAAGAAGAGCGCUUAUCUGAACAUCAGUUUUCCUAACUAAUGAUUUGUGUCUGAAAUUAACUUUAUAUCAUAUGAUUGCUAGGGAUACGCAGGUACUGUAGAGACGCUCACAUAAAUAGAGGUGGGCGACCCUCCCUCUGACUUUAGAACUGCGACAAGUUUAUAGCGCAGACCAACUGGCACAGUUUGGAGCACCUCAGGGUCUCACUAGGCUCAUCGCAUUAGAAACCUUCAGCAAACUAAUCGUAGAAGUGGGUGGUUAUCAGCAACGUGCACGGAUCCCUGAACGCGGGUCAUCGCGAGAACUAUAUUCAAUCCGUCACAGACAGGACAAGAAAGCGAGAUAUUCUUGCUAAGAGGAAGGAUGUAUCAAGACGUUUCAGUCAUUGGCUGCCAUCCAAAAGCACCCUAAUAAAGGCAAACACAGUGAAGCUGACAAAAAAAUCCGCCUAUGAUAAGAUCAAGAGAAAAUGGACGAAGACCGGCUUGCCAUUUUAAAGGGGGUGGUUACGUUCAAGGUUGGACCUCAGCUAAACUUCUGACGAAACAUCCCUAACUAGCUAAAUGGACUUUGCAUGGGCUCUUUGGAAAACACAAAAACCAGCCACCUUUUCUCAGAAAGCAAAGAAUUAUUUCCUUGACAUGAGCUGGACAGGGGAGGAAACUAGUAAGGCAACCGCCUCUAACAAGGCAGAAUAAAAGGAGUGACCUUGCAAAUUUAGACGAAGACUGCAAGAGAGGGUACAGCUGCUAUUAAGCUAAAAAAAAAUAAUAAACAUCUUUGCAUCUCACUUUUCAAAGUUGUCAAAUAUUUGGAUGAAUCGAAAAGUCUAAAAACUCAGUCGUUUAUUUGCCUUUGAUUGACAAGCCGUCAAUCAAAUUGACUGAUACUUGAGGUGGACAUUAACUAAGGAUCAAGAAAAACUGGGGGGUGGUCUAUAUCCCCCCGGAAAAAACCAAAAAAGAAACCAGUUUGUCUUUUUUAGUUUUGGGGUAGAUCCUUUAACCUGGCAAAGUUUCGUUGAAAUCAGUGAGAUUGACUGUAGCACGACUGCCCGGUGCUACAUGCCAUUUUUCUCGGAUUUCUUCGACAAUUUUUACCAACAGAAUUCCAACCUACAGUUGAUUUGAAAAUGUAUCUAAGCAGGUGGACCACACAAACAUACUGUUUUAUAGUGACAGUGGUAGAAAUCUACAAAAGCAACCGAGCAAAACACCGGGGUUCAUGCACAAUUAAGCGAGUAUUUUCAUGCGACAACUACAUGUUUCGAAUAUUUUUUAAGUGUGCGAAGAUUUUAUUUAGCUCACGCUCACGUAUUUACAACAACAUUUAUAGUUACAUGUAAUUUACUCUAAAGUUAUGACAGUGGGAUAGAUUGCAAAUUAAAGAACAAUAUAUGCGACGGGCCAAUUUCAGCUAAAAACACGUCGACAGAGCUGGUAUCUUUGUAAACAGCGAUUUGUUUUUUUAGCGCUCGAGAAAAGUCAACUCAAAAACUUUACCUAAAACGGUGGUUUGUUCACUUAACAAUAAAGGUAGGUUAAUUUUUAAGUUAAAAUCGGUAUAUUUAAAUGAAUCAAAACUGAAGUAGAGACCAAACACGUCGAGUUUUGUCCCAAUAGCGUGCGAUUUGCAGUAGGAGUACAGCAAGGAAAAUGGCCUAACUCCGUGAAACUGCAAGCUAUAUAUUUUGGUCUGGCGCACUCGCUUUUCACGGGCCAAAAAUAAUAUUUUUACAUGAUAAACAUGAAGAAUUUCUCGUUGAAAAGAGCUCUUUUAUUUUAUGUACAUUCGUAUACCCUCGAUGUUAUGGUCGUCUGAAAUAUAGCAAAAUUCAGUGUACAAACGGAAUAGAAAAUUUAGGGUACUUUACGCGGGUGGUUACAAACGAAAGAAAGUUCAGUUGGAGAUGAAAUAUAGUUGCAAAGCUACUCCAAGGGAUGAAAAACAACUCAUGAGAAAAUGAAUCCAAGACAAUUUUUCGUUGUCUUGUGCGAGCGUUGUGAAAAUGCACUGAAAGCCCAAUAGAAAUUAUGCAAAUAGGUACGUUUUGGCCGAUUUCGAACUUUCAUAUUUUUUUCCAAAAUAAAAACUCGCUGGAACUUUCGAAUAUUAUUUCUGAAAACGAUUCACCAAAAGGGUCUUUUUGAGCAAAUAAAAAACAGUUGAAUUUUUGCUUCUGUCGCGGGAUUCUAGAAAAUUACUGACAACCUCUCUUAAUCAUUUCAUCUAACCGUCACUAAAAUGUCUCAUUUCAAAAUUGAAUAAACAGUGUCACGUCCAUUUCCGGCUGUAACAACUAUUAUGGUUCCCAAGUUUACGUUUCAGCUGCAUCUCCAGGGCCAAGUACUGUUCAAUUUAUAUCGGCUAAAUUAGUCGACAGCGCUUUCUUUUGGAGCCUUUAUUUUUAUGUGUGUUCCAUCGAUGGCGCCUGCUAUGUUUGGUAGAUCCGAAAAUUCUUCGAACGUUGCGAUGGAGGCUCUUGUCUCAUGUGAUUGAUACAUGUGGUUAACAAAUAUUUUUGCUGUAUCUCAGUGCGCGACAUAUUGAAAAUUUGAUAGAGACAAAUUUUGUCGAGAUUUUUUGGUGGGGCCAAACAAAUUUUAUCAGUCUAAUACGCCGGACCCCAAGCCGAGUAAGAUCAUUUUUCAGUAUCGAACAUAAAAGGCGAAAAAAACAAGAUGCGUAAAAACGAAGAGGUAUUUCUAAAGCUUAUACAAAACUUUUUAUUCCUGGAGAAAGAAGCUCGUUAGCUGUUGUUUGGUCUAGUCACGCAACGCUUUCUCUUGGUGGUGGACAGUAAUGAGUUGCAUGACGAGACAGCCAACAACGGCUGGGCUGCAAUGAAUACUAUGCGUGACGUUUCACGUUUCACAAACUUGGCAACAUUUGGCAGAUGGCAGGACACUGCUUUGACUUUGACUCCAGGUAGGGAUCAGUGACAAAAUUCUCCUUACAGUUACAAAGCGCUCCGUAGAAGCUUAUAACUCUUCUAGCUCACGUGUAGCUAACUUCGAGGUUAUGACGUAAAGCGUUAGACACGCGCGUGCAAGAGCAGGUCGCGUGAAGACAUCCUCGUUCCCAGAGUCCUCUCUCUUUUUCCCUCGAGAAGUGAUGUGUCGAUCAUUUCGAAGCUUCAAUAUCCUCCUUGAAACCCAUGGGCAUCUAAACUUUUGAAGAUUGGUUUGAUCAGCCUGCGAGCAAACAUUGUGGUUAAAUGACCCACCCAAUUUUUUGGUAAAGGCAAAAUCAGCAACCGAGUCAUUUUAUGCGUUGACCAAUCUUUAAAACCUGGACUUUGUAGACCUUUUCUUUUGAGCCGAUCCUUCGCGAAAGUGAAUUUUUACACCUCUAUAUUUACAGCAGGAGCUCAUUACUCGGAGCCUCUAUACCAGUUGUACCCCUGAGUCAACCCUGUCCCGUAUCUUUUUAUUUUUAGAACUGAGAUACGUGGGGGUUUCUUUCAUUUCCCGCGAGAACACGCUGACGUUCGCGUAACACCCUGAAAAAAAUUGGUAAACUUUCCGCGCUUUUCGCCAUUAUUGAAAUACUUUUGUGCAGCCUGAAUGUGACGUAAACGAUGGAGGACCACAACUCUCUUAUCAUUGGCUAUUAUGUAAACACCCGCGAAAAACCCCGUGGGAGGUGCUUCUAAAAAUAAAAAGAUACGGGACAGGGUUGACUCAGAGGGUAAGUAUGAAAGAUGGAAGCUUCGGAUGAUGAGCUCCUGAUUUAUAGAUAGAACAUUUUUAUUCCGCUGGAAAGACUGGGAUCUUCUGGUUCAAAUUCUCUGCCCUAGCCAGGUUAGGGUUGCCUGGGCGGGGGGGAUCUACUAAUUAAUAAGUGCACAGCUUUCGCGAGGGAGGAAGAGAGAGAACCCUGGGAAAGAGGUUGGCUUGCGUAUGAAUAUUUGCAUAUCACUCAUCAAAAAUAAAAUCAAGCUGUUGUAUUUCUUACACUGAGCGAGUCACGCAACAACCAAAAGCGCUUUAUGGCAAUAAACAAUGAAAAAGACACUCAACCAAAACAGAUCUCUUAAUUUACGUAUUUCUGAAAAGUCCGAAAUGACAACGAUAUAGCAGUUUUCUGUAAGGAAGGAUAAAAUCAUCAUGAAUCAGUGAAGAACAGAAAAAAAAAAGACUCUGCACUUUGUUCAUUGGUAACCACACUGAUGUCAACUCCGUAGAAAGCUAAAGGGGCUCCUAUGUUUGAAGUAUGCUUGCUGGCGUAGCUAUUGCCUCCAUCAUACAGAUCCAUGCGUUAUAUAAAUUGAAAAAGAGACUUCUACACUUUCCUUCCAUGACAAAUGCUACGAUCAGAGAAGGACACCGGCGAAGACGAAUUACAUGGUAUUUAAUUUUUAGCGCGAAGGCAUUCUCUGUUUCCUUUGCAAGACCAACGUUAACAGUGGAAAAUAAUUAACUCCGCAGUUCUAAGAAUUUUAGCAUUUUUUUCACGUCUUAGUAUAACGAUCACAAUUUCCACGAAUGCGAUUAGUGGAUGAACUACACUGGGUUUUACUAAUAUCUCUGAAAAGGUGUCAUCGGACACUUGGUUCACAGAAUUGAAAACAGCAAUCUCACCACUCUUCUUUCCAAAGCGAGGAUUUCCCACGAUACCUAUAGGAAGCCGUUUCUGGAGCUUGUCAGUUUGUAUUAUUCAAAGACUAUAAUGCUUGAGUGGUUAAAGAUUGUAAUUAUAAGUCCUUUUUCUAAUGAAUACGUUUUAUUUUUCUCGGAAAUUGAAAUGGGUAUAAUUACCUGGUAAGAGGUUUUCGUGUCGUCAAUUUUGAUCUGUAAUCAUACUCGUGAUUGACAAAUCGAACUUCCACUUCGCGGUCAUCCGAUUUCGUUAAUCUCUCGCAUGUUUACAUUCAACGAGUAAUGAAAUUUGUCAUUCUUGCACGCUUAAUGCAAGUAAUUGGCAAUUGAAAUUGAGAUUCUUUUCAGUCAAUAUUGAAGGUGUAAUAUGAUUUCCAAACAGGGUUGAAACUUAAAAGAAUGACACGAUAAGGAAGACAUGGCUUCCUCAGUUUACACCAAAGAGCAACUUAACUACUUCAGAAUUUGUCAUCUAGUCACUAAUAUCCUGCCACAAGGGCUGCGAUCCAUUUUUAAACAGGAAUGGGACAGUCGUUACCAGGCAACGUUGGGAGAAUGGAAAGAUACACCUCAAAAUGGACUGGACUUCUACAACAGGGAGUCUCCCCGGAGCCGACCACAAGAUGCUCGUCUGCUGGAAACGAUAAGAAACGGAAAUAGGGCACAGUGGGAUUGUACUACACUCUUUUUUGCAAUCCUUUACUCCGAUUCUAUUAGCCACGGACUCGGUGCAGCAGUUCACUCGAAUGUCGAUGAUCUCAGAGAAUUUCGCAAUACGUUCGCUCACCUGCCACAGGGUCAGCUGUCAGAUCUACAGUUCAGACUUUCUGUUCAAAAAGUGAAGAUCGCAUUCCAGUGUCUUGGUCUGUCAACCAAUGAUAUUCUAAACAUCCGCAAACAGAAAAAUUUUCCCACGAAGGAACUCCGUGAAUGCAACGUUGAACUACAAACCUCUAAAGAGCAACACCGGGUCCUUGCAGAAAGACAUCAACUCCUUGAAGAAGAUAAUCAGGUUCUUCAACAACAGCAUCAGUUCCUUCAACAACAGCAUCAAUUCCUUGACGAAAAGCAUCAAGUCCUUGAAGAACAGCACCAUAUCCUUGAGGAACAGUUACAUAGUGAUGUUUCUUCAUUCUGCAUUCUUCCGCCUAAACCAUCACACGAAAUCGCACCUCGCGAGAGCGAGGUUGGCAAAAUAACAAAACGACUUGAACGGCUGAGAGAAGCAAAUGAAAAUGGUUUGAGUUACUUAUAUAUUUCGGGUAACCCUGGAAGUGGCAAAUCUCAACUAGCCGGUCUAGUAGCUCAAACUUUUUACGAAACAGCCAGCAAAGACCUCAAAACCCCCACGUUCGUAAUGACUCUUGACGCUGAAAGUUCAAAAACACUCCUGGAAUCGUACGCUUCUUUGGGAAGACAAAUCAAGUGCCCUGAAUCCACUAUCAUGCAAACUCUUGACUCAACAGAGAUGCAAAUAGAAGAGAAAAUCAACUAUCUAAAGGAUUCGAUAGCAACCAAAAUUCCUCUUUACGGAUCGUGGCUCUUGGUAGUGGACAAUGUUAGUAGUUUUUGUGAUGUACAUGAUUUUCUCCCUCGGAUUGGAAACCACCUGUGGAAGAAAGGCCAGCUACUUAUCACAACACAAAACUCCUCACAAAUCCCCUCUGAAAGCUCGUUUGUCUCUCACAUCUCAGUGAGCGAAGGCAUGAGGCCCACAGAUGCCCGUUGCUUUUUAGCGAAGGUUUCUGGUAUUAGACAACAAGGAAUGGAGGAUAAAAUCGCGAAAGCAUUAGAUUACCAACCCCUCGCGCUGGCUAGUGCAGGCGUUUACAUAAAAAAGGUUCGUGAAAGUAAAGUUGCCAGAAGCUUUGGAUGGGAAGAGUACUUAGAAAAGCUAGAGAGAGGUAUGCGAGCCCUUACUGAAAAGGAACUAACAAAAACCAACCCAAGCUACAGCAAGUCCAUGACUGUCGCAACCAAGCUGGCUAUUGAACGAGCGAUAAACAAUGACAGUGUUGUUAAAAGCGCGUUUACACUCCUUUCCCUGUGUUCUUUACAACCUUUGCAUUUAGACAUCCUUGUGAACUACAUUUUGAAUGAUCAAAAUCCGCGUUUGGAUAAAGAAGAAAUUGCUCUUCAGAUCCAAGGCUACUCUCUUCUUCUCUUCGAUGAGAGAGAAAGUGGAAAUUUUGUUAGUGUGCAUCAAGUUGUGCAUGAAGCCAUUAAAUCUGUAAUCAACGAGUGUCAGGAGCCUGAUGAACACGUUCGAAGUGUUGCAUACGCUGUAAUGUCCUUCAACCAAUUCAUAGACAUUCAUCUACCACACACUUGGAACGACGAAAACUCCAUUCGUGAUAGUGAGCAUCUCAUUCCACACUUGAAUACAUUUGCUGCAGAAGUUGAAAAGGUCUUCCUUCACGAGGAUAAAUAUCAAAUUACCGAGAAACACGUUUUUAACUACUUCAAAUUUUAUGAAUAUUUCAAAAGGCUUGCAAUAAUUUGCAGAAAUCACCGCGAAUUUUCAGGAGCAAAAGUUUACUGUGAAACAGCUUUGAAACUGGUUGAAACGGAUAAGAAGAUAAGGAGUUGUGAAUAUCCUGGAGACGUUGAGUUAAGAGAACGUGGACUCACGGAUGAUGCCCUUGUGGAGACUUGCAAUUUACUGGGUUUGGUUCAGCGUGAGUUGGGUGACUUGAAAAAUUCCAAGGAGAAUCAUGAACGUGCUCUUGACAUUCAGCUAAAAAAUCUUGGACCCCAGCACGUUAAAGUGGCAAAUUCAUACCAUCAUCUAGGUAAUGUACAGUACGACUCGGGUAACCUGAAAGAGGCCAUGCAGUAUUAUGAACGUGCUUUGGAAAUCCAAGUGAAGAAUCUUGGUCAUGAUCAUAUUUAUGUGGCGUUUUCAUUGGUUACCAUGAGUGAAGUGGAAAGUAAACUGGAAAACCUGCAACAAGCUAAGGACCAUAUUGAACGAGCUCUGGACAUUAGGUUGAAAGGGUUGGGACCCGAGCAUGUUCAUGUCGCUAAUACUUACUAUGACUUGGGUUUUGUACAGAGUAAAUUGGGUGACCUGCAAAAGUCUAAGGAGUGUUAUCAACGAGCUCUAAACAUUCGGUUGAAAAGGCUUGGACCCGAGCAUGUUGAUGUCGCUGAUACUUACUAUGACUUGGGUAUUGUACAGCGUGAAUUGGGUGACCUGCAAAAGUCUAAGGAGUGUUAUCAACGAGCUCUAGACAUUCGGUUGAAAAGGCUUGGACCCGAGCAUGUUGAUGUCGCUGAUAUUUACUAUGCCUUGGGUAUUGUACAGAGUGAAUUGGGUGACCUGCAAAAGUCUAAGGAGUGUUAUCAACGAGCUCUAGACAUUCGGUUGAAAAGGCUUGGACCCGAGCAUGUUCAUGUCGCUGAUAUUUACCGUGGCUUGGGUCUUGUACAGCGUAAAUUGGGUGACCUGCAAAAGUCUAAGGAGUGUUAUCAACGAGCUCUAGACAUUCGGUUGAAAAGGCUUGGACCCGAGCAUGUUCAUGUCGCUGAUAUUUACUAUGGCUUGGGUAUUGUACAGAGUGAAUUGGGUGACCUGCAAAAGUCUAAGGAGUGUUAUCAACGAGCUCUAGACAUUCGGUUGAAAAGGCUUGGACCCGAGCAUGUUCAUGUCGCUGAUAUUUACUAUGGCUUGGGUAAUGUACAGUGUGAAUUGGGUGACCUGCAAAAGUCUAAGGAGUGUUAUCAACGAGCUCUAGACAUUCGGUUGAAAAGGCUUGGACCCGAACAUGUUCAUGUCGCUAAUAUUUACUAUGGCUUGGGUAUUGUACAGGGUGAAUUGGGUGACCUGCAAAAGUCUAAGGAGUGUUAUCAACGAGCUCUAGACAUUCGGUUGAAAAGGCUUGGACCCGAGCAUGUUCAUGUCGCUGAUAUUUACCGUGGCUUGGGUCUUGUACAGAGUAAAUUGGGUGACCUGCAAAAGUCUAAGGAGUGUUAUCAACGAGCUCUAGACAUUCGGUUGAAAAGGCUUGGACCCGAGCAUGUUGAUGUCGCUGAUAGUUACUAUGACUUGGGUGUUGUACAAAGUGAAUUGCGUGACCUGCAAAAGUCUAAGGAGUGUUAUCAACGAGCUCUAGACAUUCGGUUGAAAAGGCUUGGACCCGAGCAUGUUGAUGUCGCUGAUACUUCCUAUGACUUGGGUAUUGUACAGCGUAAAUUGGGUGACCUGCAAAAGUCUAAGGAGUGUUAUCAACGAGCUUUAGACAUUCGGUUGAAAAAGCUUGGACCCGAGCAUGUUCAUGUCGCUGAUACUUACUAUGGCUUGGGUAUUGUACAGGGUGAAUUGGGUGACCUGCAAAAGUCUAAGGAGUGUUAUCAACGAGCUCUAGACAUUCAGUUGAAAAGGCUUGGACCCGAGCAUGUUGAUGUCGCUGAUACUUCCUAUGACUUGGGUAUUGUACAGCGUAAAUUGGGUGACCUGCAAAAGUCUAGGGAGUGUUUUGAAAGAGCUCUGGACAUUCGGUUGAAAAGGCUUGGACCCGAGCAUGUUCAUGUCGCUGAUAUUUACUAUGGCUUGGGUAUUGUACAGCGUAAAUUGGGUGACCUGCAAAAGUCUAAGGAGUGUUAUCAACGAGCUCUAGACAUUCAGUUGAAAAAGCUUGGUCCCGAGCAUGUUGAUGUCGCUGAUAUUUACUAUGAGUUGGGUAUUGUACAGCGUAAAUUGGGUGACCUGCAAAAGUCUAGGGAGUGUUUUGAAAGAGCUCUGGACAUUCGGUUGAAAAGGCUUGGACCCGAGCAUGUUCAUGUCGCCCGUAAUUACAUUGAAUUGGGAAAAGUAGAAUGUGAAUUGUGUAAUCUUCAGAAGGCUAAGGAGCAUUUGGAGUGUGCUCUAGACAUUCAGUUGAAAAAGCUUGGUCCCGAUCACCUUGAAGUCGUGGAUACUUACCAUAGCUUAGGCGUGGUGCAUCGUAAAUGGAAUAAUCUGGGACAGGCCAUGGAAUAUCACGAACAAGCACUGAUUAUACGCCAGAAAAAUCUUGAACCCGAACAUGUUGAUUUGGCGAAUUCAUACCAGCAUUUGGGUAAUUUGCAAUUUGUGUUGGAUAACAUGCAACUGGCCAAAGAGCUAUACGAAAGUGCUUUACAUAUCCAGUUGAAGAACCUCGAACCUGAUCAUGUUUAUGUGGCAUUUUCCUACGAAAGUUUGGGUGAUGUACACCGUAAAUUUGGCGACCUGGAACAGGCCAAGGAGUACUUUAACCGAGCUUUAAACAUUCGACUGAAAAAACUUGGUCACGAACAUGUUGAUGUAAGGAGUAUUCAGAAUAAGUUACGUAACGUACAGCUUGCCAUAGAUGACCUGCGACACGGCAUGGAACGUUAA